UUCUGGGUGUAGCCUUCUCUGGGAGAUCCAGGACACAGCUGAGGAAACCGGCACUGAAUGAGCUGCAGGCCAUCACCUGGGGCCCAGAGCCUGGUGGGCCUUGCCUUGUGGCACUUUCUUUCCCAAGGCUGAAGUGUGCCUCUGUGCUGGGCUAUGACAGGAGAAUGAAAAGUCUCCGCUGGCGUUACACUCGGCUGCCCACCCAGAUGGAGGACACCCUGUCUGGGGGGGAAAGGGAAGAGGAAGAAGAGGAGGAGAAGCAGGAAGAGGAGGGAGCCGCCCCAGGCCCUGAAGAGCCCGUGGCACCCCAGCUAACAGAAGCCAGCCAGGUCCUGGGAACCUCAGAGAUUAGGCAGCACUGUCCCCAGCUCUGCGACCACCUCCCCCCGAGGGUCACUGGCUGCCCGUGGAGUCUGGUCUUUUGCACGUCCAGGGACGGCUUCAGUCUGCGGAGCCUGUACCGGCAGAUGGAGGGCCACAGUGGACCUGUGUUGCUGGUACUGCGGGACCAGGAUGGGCAGAUGUUCGGCGCCUUCUCCUCCUCGGCGUUCCGGCUCAGCAAAGGGUUCUAUGGCACGGGGGAGACGUUUCUCUUCUCCUUCUCCCCGCAGCUGAAGGUCUUCAAGUGGACAGGAAGCAACUCUUUCUUUGUAAAAGGAGACUUGGAUUCACUGAUGAUGGGCAGUGGAAGUGGCCAUUUUGGACUGUGGUUUGAUGGAGACUUGUACCACGGGGAGAGCCACCCCUGUGCCACCUUCAACAAUGAGGUCCUGGCCCGGCAGGAGCAGUUCUGUAUCAAGGAGCUGGAGGCCUGGGUUCUGAGCUGAUGCCCCUUGGCCACAGGUGCUCCGCCGAGGCCGCCCAGGCCUUCCUCAUACAGGGCGGCCAUUCUGUCUGACCUUGGAGGACGAAGAACCCCCAUGUGCACGGCAGCAGUUGGCCAGUCUCCUCAUACCCUGCAGACCCAAACUGGGACAGGGACAGGCACUGCUCUCUGCAGAGGUGACUGUGAAGUGUGCAGGACACCCUUACCCAAGAAGCAUGAAAAUUAUCUUAAUAGAACUUCAACAGCUAGAAACCUCAGAAGGCUGAAAACAACAACAAACAGGCUGCAUCCUGAGAUUCCCGACCUCUGGGGUACAGACACGGUACACGGGCCUGUAGUCACUGACAAUGAACUCCAGAUGCAUGUACCCCUUGUGCAUCUGGCUUACGUGGGUCCUGGAAUCGAACCUGGCUCCUUUGGCUUUGCAGGCAAACGCCUUAACCACUAAGCCAUCUCCCCAGCC